AUGGCAACGUCUUUACAGGAGGUGGUUGUAUACGACCUCCCCAACGCAGUUUGUCUCUUAGCUUUAAAUGUGCAGCGGCAGAAGCAACAGCAGCCGCAGCAGCUGCAAGAGCAGCAGCAGCAGUUGUCCCCUAGUGCUCCUGCUUCGACCCCAAGAGACAAGGCAAUCGGCUGUUGCUGCCGCUGCAGCUGCUACGGCCGUCUUUUGGUCUUCAAGAAGACAGUGUUAGAUCCAGCAGAAGCAGCAGCAGCAGCAGCAGCAGGGAGCAACAAGGGCAGCAGCAGCAGCAAUUCCAGCAGAAGCAUCUGUACAGAUACUCGGAGGAGCCUUAGUUGUGUAGCUGCCUUCCAGCAGCACUGUCUGCCCACGGCGAGCGUCUUUGAGUCGACGAGGCUGCUGCUGCUGCAGCAACAGCAGAAGUACAACAGCCAACUGCAGCAGCAGCGUCACAACACAGACUGUUUGCGGCUGCUGCUGCGGCCUCCGAGUUCUCAGCAGCAGCAACAGCAGCAGUUGGGGGUUGCUGCCGCUAGCACGUUGCCUCCAGGUGGCUGCGCAGGUGCCAUCGACAACAACAGCAACAACAGCAGCAGCAACAACUCUGCUGCUGCUCGCAGCAUAUGCGGCCAGGGUACAUGCAGCUGCUUUGCUGCUGCGCCAGUCUUCGGGCUUCUAGGGGCGGUGCAGCUCUUAUGCGGUCUUUAUCUCUGUGUGGCUACUCAGAGAUCGACUGUUGGGGCUCUCCCCGAUAUAGCGGCAGCAGCAGCAGCAGGUGCAGCAGUAGCAGCAGGUGCAGCAGCAGCAGGACUGGAUCCUGUGCCGAUAUUUGCUCUUGAAGGUGUGCAGUUAAUCCCUCUUUUCGCUUGGAAGUGGGAGGGAUCGCAGCAGCCGCUGCACCAUGCAGCAGCAGCUGCUGCUGCUGAUGCUGUUGCUGUUGAACUGCAGCGGCAGGUAUUCUAUGGAGGCCCUCGUGUUGGUGGCUGCUGCGCCCCUGCAGGUGUAGACAUUGGGGAGAUCAGGGUAGCAACAGCAACAGCGGACAGCAGCAGCACCAGCAGCAACAGAAGCGGCUACUCGUCGCCUCCAGAGCUAAUUGAGGUACAACCAACCCACCGUCAGCAGCAGCAACAGCAGCAGAACUGCCGGCUGCAGCCGCAGCAGAUUGCGGAGUUCAGGAAGCUGCUGGAGAAGGAGCAGCGGCUUUGCUGCUUGCUCCUGUCGGGCUUUAGUUCUUCUCCUUAUUCGCUCCUCUUCUCUGGCGACAUUGACCUCACACUCUCGCUGCAGCAGCAAGUGGAGCAUGUGCAGCAGCAGCAGCGGCUAGAGCAGCAGCAGCAGCAGCAGCAGGUUGAAGCCAGGCGCUGCAAGUGCUGCAGCAGCAAACACAGAAAACUGCAACGAGGUGCUGCAGGGCAUUUCGUCUUCAACAAAUUUCUGCUGCGGGAGAUGCAGCAGCAUUUAUCGCAUGCAUAUAUAUCAGCGCAAAAAAAGGAAGCAGUUGGUGGCGCUGCUGCAGCAGCUCCUGCUGCUGCGGCGGCAGAAGCAGCGAGCGCACGCCCCUUGGAGGGUUGCGCACCAGACGGCGUAGACAGCAACAGCAACAACAGCAGCAGCCACAGCAGCAGAGCAUCUUCUGUAUACGAUUGCGAGGGUUGUUGCUGCUGUUCAUCGUCAGCAGCGGCAGCACCAUCAACUGGUUGCUGCUUUUCUCCGUGGCAAACGGUGCUGGUCCAGGGGGGGCUGCAGCAGCAGACGAUCGCCAUUGCCCGUGGCCAGCACAAACAGCAGCAGCAACAAAUGCAGCAGCAGCAGCAGCAGCAGCAUGAUCAACUGGGAAAAGAUUUGGAGUUCCUUCAGCUGUCUGUCUUAGCUAGGCGCUCUCGUUUUGCUGCUGGGACUCGUUUCUACAGUCGGGGUUUGGAACGGCCCGCAGAUGCUGCAGCAGCAGCAGCAGAUGGAGCGACAGCAGCAGCAGCAGCAGAUGGCCGCAGCAGCCCACUUGGAGUAGCCAACGAAGUGGAGUGCGAACAAAUGCUGUGGACUGUAUUGCCACCCCAAAUGGCAAUCGCAGCAGCAGCUGCUGCAGGAACACGAGCAAGAGCAGCAGAAGCAGCAGUACCAGCAGCCGUCACUGCGGAUACGUUGCGUCGUGAACCUUGGGACUCCGGCGACACAGCAGCAGCUGCUGCAUCAGCAGCAACAGCAGCAGCAGCAGCAGGAAGUGCUUCGUCAGAGUGGCGGUGGCGUUAUAAACCCUCCUGUGCCUCCGUUGUAUUUGUUAGAGGAUCGAUCCCUAUCUAUUGGAGACACGAAAGUGUUUCUCGUGCUCUCUUUUCUUUUCUUAUGCCAUCUCCUAGUACCUGUAUUGAUCUGCCUGCAGCUGAGGUGUACGUACACCUUAAGAGACACCUACACUGGCUGCUGCAUCGCUACCAGCAGCCGCUACUGCUGCUCGAUCUCGUCCGGCAACAGCACAACGUUGAGGGGACCCUCAGCAGCGCCUACCGCAAGGCCUUGUUCCACUGCAGCGACGAAUUCGCAGUGUCUAUACACUCCACCAGCGACAGCAGCAGCAGCAGCACCAGCAGCAGCAACAACAGCGAAGGCAGCAGCAGCAACUGCAGCAACACCAGCAGCAACUGCAGCAACACCAACAGCAGCAGCAGGAUUAGCAGCACCGGCAGUCACGGCACAGCAAGUCGCAGCUGCAAGUUAGGAACCCGCAGUCCCAGCAGGACAGUAGCAGGUACACCCACGUCUCCUGUUGAGGGAAACGCUGCAGACAAAAACAGCAGCGAACAGCAGCAGCCGCUACUGCAACAGCAGCAGCAGAAGCAGCAGUUGCCACAGGUAUACUACUACGAGAUGGAUUGGCACGUGCGCAGCGAGUCUGUUGGCUUUGACUCCGCGUUUGCUGAAUUGGCGGUCCUCGGCUCCAAGCUGCUGCAGCAAACAGGAUUCUUCCUGUUUCAGCAGCAACAGCAGCAUCAGCAUCAGCAAGAACAGUGUCAGCAGUCCGUUGUGCUGCAGAGGGGUGUGGUUCGUUUCAACUGUAUAGACUGCCUUGAUCGAACCAACAUCGCUCAUGUCUGUCUCGGUGUUGUUGCGCUGUACGUACACCUGAGGGCCCUAGGGGUUUGGAUGCGCGGCACUCCUUGCCCCCAUUGCUGCUUUGUAUUGGAGGGACGGCAGGAUGUGUUGAAAGCAACAGCUGAAGGUUUGCUGCUGCAGCAAACAGCAGAAACGAGACGCAGACACGGGGCAAUACUUUUCAAGGAGCAGCUGCUGCAGCAACAGCAGCAGGAGUUGAAUUGUAGCGCGGCACUGAUUGCUGGGGCAGCAGCAGACCAUGGGACUACAGCAGGGAUUUUCUCUCCUGGAUCUCAGGGAGCUGGAAAUGGAUUAGCAACACCAGCGGCGGCAGCAGCAGCAACAGCAACAGUGGCAGCCCUUGCCGCUCCUUCGGAAGAGCUACAGCUGCCUGGAUUUGAUUUGUCGUGCGGUGCAGCAGAAGCAGGAGUCGCAGCACCAGCUGGGGGUCCUCAAUUUUCUGUUGCUUCUUCUCCUUCCUUGCCAGCGUUUAAAACUGAAGCAGCACUUGUUGCUGUUCUAGGGGCCUUGUGGAGAGGUAUUGGUGACAGUAUUUCAAUUCAGUAUGCGGGCUCUCCGGCUCUGCAUGCAGCAGAAUUUCCCCCUUGCCCUACGCGUGCUGCUGCUGCUGUUGCUAGUGGCAGGCAGCAAACACAGCAGCAGCCGCAAACGCAGCAGCAGCAGCAGCCGCAGCAGCCGGUGUCUGCGACUGUACAGCGUGGCGAGAUGGCAGCAGCAACUUGGGAUGGAAUCAUCAGCGGUAUGAAGGACAGACCCUGGGCAGCACAGUCAAGGACCAGCGCUCUCUACGCUGUACAGAGGUAUGUCAGCAACAAGGUUUUUGACACGGAGAGACAGCGCGCCAUUUAUCUGCUCACCGGUGUCUUCAGGCCUUCUUUCCAAGGCCCCGAUCUUUUUUCGUUAGACUGUUCCCAGCAGCAGCUGCCUAUACAGACGGACGGUGGAGCACCAGGAGCAGCAGCAAGGCAGCAGUCUGCUGGAAGUCCUGCUGCUACUGCUGCCGCUCCAGGGAAACAGAGUCCAGGUCCAGCGGUGGCUGCUCUUAAGGCUGGGGGAAGCAAUGUGCCUCCGACGCCAGCACAGCAAGCAGCAGCAGAAGCAGGGGAAGCAGCCGCAGCUGCUGCUGCUGCAGUUCUGCAACGAGGCAACCAUCAAGCCUUUCUAAGGUUCAGCAACUUCCUCUGA